GAGCUCCUAGCUGGAAGUCUGUUACGGAAAUGCUUCUCCCUGGUAUCGUAGUAUCUUUAUAACAACAUGCCAUUGAAAUGGAAAACGAGUAAUCCCACUAACUGGAAAUUCCCGGUUUCUGUGCUUAAACCAUCUAGGACAACGACACUGACUCCAGCAUACAUAUCGUUGGUUGAAGACGAAGAUCCUCAUUUGAAAGUGUCCUUGGCAAGUGGCGACAUGGGAGUGACAGCCCAUUUGCAGUCUUCAAAGACCGGCAGCACUCGUUUUUUCACUAGCAAUACCCACAGUUCCACAGUGCUACAGGGGUUCGACCAGCUUCGAAUCGAAGGCUUACUUUGUGAUGUUACCUUGGUGCCAGGUGACGGAGAUGAAGUAUUUCCUGUCCAUAGGGCUAUGAUGGCAUCAGCUAGUGACUACUUCAAGGCUAUGUUCACAGGUGGAAUGAAGGAACAGGACCUAAUGUGUAUUAAACUGCAUGGAGUGAACCGAAUAGGGCUUAAGAAAAUCAUUGACUUCAUUUACACUGCAAAACUCUCCUUGAACAUGGACAACCUUCAGGACACCUUGGAAGCUGCCAGCUUUUUGCAGAUCUUACCUGUUUUGGACUUCUGCAAAGUAUUUCUCAUAUCUGGGGUUUCGCUUGACAACUGUGUCGAGGUAGGACGCAUUGCCAAUACAUACAACUUGACAGAAGUUGAUAAAUAUGUAAAUAAUUUCAUACUGAAGAUUUUCCCUGCAUUGUUAAGUACUGGUGAAUUUGUGAAGCUCCCCUUUGAGCGACUUGCCUUUGUGCUUUCAAGCAACAGUCUGAAAAACUGCACUGAACUUGAACUUUUUAAGUCUGCUUGCCGUUGGUUGAGGUAUGAGGACUCGCGAAUGGAUUUUGCCUCGAAGUUAAUGAAGAACAUUAGGUUUCCACUGAUGUCACCACAGGAACUAAUUAAUCAUGUUCAGACUGUGGACUUCAUGAGAACGGACAAUGUCUGUGUCAACCUGCUACUGGAAGCUAGUAAUUAUCAGAUGAUGCCCUACAUGCAGCCUGUAAUGCAGUCCGAGAGAACCUGUAUUCGUUCAGAUAAUACGCAUUUAGUAACUUUGGGCGGGGUGUUAAGGCAACAGUUGGUGGUGAGCAAAGAACUAAGAUUAUAUGAUGAAAAGGCUCACGAAUGGAAAGCACUUGCUCCAAUGGAUGCUCCAAGGUACCAACACGGUAUUGCAGUGAUUGGAAACUUCCUAUAUGUUGUAGGUGGGCAGAGCAAUUACGAUACGAAAGGAAAGACGGCUGUUGACACAGUGUUCAGAUAUGACCCUCGGUAUAACAAAUGGAUGCAAGUAGCAUCUUUAAAUGAAAAGCGUACGUUCUUCCACCUAAGUGCUCUGAAAGGACAUCUUUAUGCUGUUGGUGGUAGAAACGCAGCAGGGGAAUUGGCCACUGUGGAGUGCUACAAUCCAAGAAACAAUGAAUGGAGCUACGUGGCAAAAAUGAACGAACCUCACUAUGGGCAUGCUGGAACGGUUUACGGUGGUUUUAUGUAUAUUUCAGGAGGGAUUACACAUGAUACUUUCCAAAAGGAACUCAUGUGCUUCGACCCAGAUGCAGACAAAUGGACGCAGAAAGCUCCAAUGACCACUGUUCGAGGUCUUCACUGCAUGUGCACUGUUGCGGACCGUCUCUAUGUCAUUGGGGGAAACCACUUCAGAGGAACCAGUGAUUAUGACGAUGUCUUGAGCUGUGAGUUCUACACGCCUGCCCUGGACCAGUGGACCCCAAUUGCAGCCAUGUUGCGUGGACAGAGUGAUGUAGGUGUUGCAGUCUUUGAACACAAGAUCUAUGUUGUGGGAGGCUAUUCUUGGAAUAAUCGCUGUAUGGUGGAAAUAGUACAGAAAUAUGACCCAGAGAAAGAUGAAUGGCAGAAGGUCUUUGAUCUCCCAGAAUCACUGGGAGGGAUCAGGGCCUGCACUCUGACAGUAUUCCCACCUGAGGAAAACACUGGAUCACCAUCCAGAGAGUCACCUCUCUCUGCACCUUAGACAAGGAAAACUGCUCUACCUUCAACCCUAUACAGAACUCAUUUGCACAGCAUCAUAAUUGAUAUCAAAGAUUAACUGCCUAUUUUUGCUUCGUAUCUAUUUCUAGGCAGUGACCUAUGACUAUAAUUACAAAAACAGUGGAUUGAGUUCUUUGUGCGGUUCUGUUGCCAUUGGUUGUUCACCUGUUGCAAGAAAGGCAUAAGAAUAUAUGUGUCAAACAAUGAACUUUGUCUGAAAAAGUUUAGCGAUUUUACUGUUAUACAGUGUUUUUUUUUGUUUUGGACAGUAUAAUGCUGUGGCCCUAUUGCUAUAUUCAUUUCAAAACAGCUCAUUAACUAACCCAUGAAUGCAUUUCCAUUAUCUUGGGCUUCAUUACAUCUGAAAUAGUUCAAUACAGUAAAUUUAGAUAUGGCAAAACUGCCUGCAUUGUGAAAUUAAAACGGAAAAUGUACCAAGGUGCCAAUAGGGAUGUUAAGGCGAAAGAUAGGUUAACAUUUUAAUGUAGCUAACCAGAAGAGUUAACUUACUUUUCUCUCUGCCUCCGAUUGGCCUGUGGUGCAUUUUCAGCAUACUUUUUAGUUUUUAAUUCAGAUUUGCAGCAUUCGCAGUUACUCUUUUCAUCUCAGACUGUAUUGUGCUUAUUUUCCAUUAAAAUGUUGACCUGAACUAAUUGAAUGCUUCAGCUGUUUGAAAUUAAGGGAUGGACCUUGCUUCUCAGUUUCUAUUUAAGUGCAGUGCGGUGCUGAGGACUUGGAUUCCAGAAUGCAAUAUUUGUGCAACCAUCUCUUUAUCUAUAUUGAAUUUUAAAAGAUAAGGACUUAUUUUGUUUUUGCAUCUUUCAAUGUGACUUAAUUCAAAUAUUUACCAGCUGACCAAAUAACCAUCAUCAACUCUAGCCUUCUCCUUUGUUUGCUAUAUAGAUCAACACUGUGCUGCGACUCCCUUCUGUACAUCUUGGUUAAUGAGGUUAUUUAGCACAACGUGCAGCUUCAGCAGGAGUGCUGCUGCAGCUCAGUGGAUUUGAACUAUGACGCUCAACAUUUUGUUCAAUAAAAAAUUUAACUGAAA